AUUGCUGUUAUAUUGCAACCUCACUCAGUAACGGUCUGUCACUCUGAGCUUUGAAAGCCUCAAGGAGCUCUGGGAGCUGCAGGAAGAUCCUAACGACCCAAAUGCAACUGGAAACCUCUUCAUUGUCAUGAACCUAAUGGAUUACCCUACAUCAGAGUACUGUGGGAUGUACUAUGAUUGAUUUUGAAGCAGAGUUGAUUAUCAUUUUGGAGGAAAUUAUGAUUACUGAGUAAAGAUAAAUAAAUGAUGUGUUUUUUCAUCACAUUUCAUAACUACAUGGAGCUCUUAUCUAAAACAACUCUAAAAAGGUGAGGGAAAAUAUUCAUCAAGCCAGUUAUCAUAACUAUACCCUCAAAAUAACCUUCAUUUUCAAUAAGGAGGUAACCAGUACUAUGCAACACUCCCUUUCCUAGUAGUGUACUAUGCUAAUUCUGUGUAUAUAUGCAUGAGAUACAGUCCUUCCCCUUUUUUCGUCAUUGAUUAUUGCAUGAUGUCAUCAUAAAUUACAGUUUAACACUCAUACCCUACAUGGAAUGAAUGCACAUAAUUAUACAUAAUACUAAAUAACUCAUAAUAACUGCAUUACCUGCACAUGCAUGGAUUUACUAUAGUUAGUCCGCAUGAAGCCCAUUGCUUCAAGGGAGAUAUAAUUUCAACUGAAGUGAGCUUUGAAGUGUUUUGACACUUUGUGUAAAUUAAGACUGAGCCAUGACUCCACUAAUUCUAAGUGUCUCUUACCUGCUGGGUGGGUCAGUCUCUGUCUGCAUAACUUAUUAGCCUGCACUUAACUUGUCAUGCUCAUGCACAACCUUUCAACAUUGAAAGGCUUUAUUCUCACCAUACUCUCCAAUACUAAACAGUGUAUAGGCAAAUGCUAAUAAUAUAUAAGCUGGCUAUAGGUUACUUGCUGUAUAUAGGUGUGUCUUCAAGUAAUGGGUAUGUAAACUAAUGGGCUAGUGCAAUUACCACUGAAUAUCAUUAAAAAUCCCUUUUAUCGACCUUUGGUUGGCAUGAGGGAUUCAGUAUCAGUCUAUGGUCACUCCUUUCAGUUUUGAUAGCACUGCAGGGUUUUCUUAGAACUAUGGUUCUUAUCAGUUGCCUGAGCAAUGUUUGACACCUAUGGGUAGUCCCUGCUUCCUUCUGGGAGGUGGGCCCAUGCCUCCUGGGAGGGAAUUAACAUUAGCUGGCUCACAUAUAGCUUAUAAACAAAGUGCCAGCUGCAGUCUACCCUUAAGCUUGAUUGUUUUGCAUUAAAUGUAUACAUAAGGAUGUAAUAUGACUUCCCAGCUAACUCGAUUAUGGAUAUAUGUAUCAUAUUAUUGUCUGGUAAUAGUUCUAGUACCAGAGGGCCAUGGGAUAUGUACCGUGAAUGACAUGAUGCAUAUGUAUUUUAAUUGUUUUGCAGACACUACACUGAACUUAAACAGCUGCAGACGUACACAGAACUUUGUUAUAUCCUGUGAUAGUAUUAUAAUAUGUAAAUAUAUUAUGUAGGAGUUACGGUACAAGUUCUUCCUAAUGGACAAAAUUCCCUUUUUAGCAUUAAUUGGUAGCAGGAACUCCAAUGAAGCUUAUCAUCAAAACUGUUUGAUACACUACCCACAAAUCCUGCUGAAUGACAAAAGGUACUAGCCCUUUUGUCAUUGUGAGGAUUUGUAUGUUUACAAUAACAGCUCUAAUGUAAUAUACUACUGGUAGUAUUGUGAAAAGCACCACAAGAACAUCAUAACUGAGGGAAUUUUAACUCUGUCAUAAAGUUAUAAUGAUAUUCAUGGAAGAUUAGCUGGUGGGCAGUAAAGUUAUAAAAAGGGUUCCAUAAAUUGGAAUAUACAUAGCUGAAUUUCUUAAAAGAAAAACAAAGAAUCGAAUACCAAGAGAUUCUCUCUUUUGCUUCUCUUUGCAACGGUAUCUCUACUUCUCCUUUCCUUCAAUUUUACAAGAACAAAAAUGGACUCUGAGAAAGGUCUGACUCCAGCACCUUCAAAGGCUAGUCGUAGCAAUUGUUGCCGAAACGUUCUUCUUGCAAUUGCAAUCACGACUGGGACUAUUGCUCUAGCUUUAUCUGCUUGCACUCUGGCACUGCAGAUCACUAGCCAUCAAGAACUUAGGAAUGGUCACUUGCCACAAUACACUGAGAAGCAAGAGCAAAGGAUACUGCACCAGGUUGCCCAGUACUUGCAUGAUUCAGAAUACAAUGAAACAGCUAACAGAGUAGCCAGAAGUACCAGCUGCUCUUCUUCUCAUGAUUCAACUUUGACUGUCAAACCAUCAGCUCAUAUUGCAGGGAAAAGCUUUGGAGCCUCUAAUAUUCAUCUUAUUAAAACCUUCUUUGAGACCAGGAUACCAAUACUCUCUGCUGGCUGGAGUUGUGAUAAAGGAAGGAAUGGCCAUGUUCUUGGAGGAAUGAAGUACAACUCCAAGAACGGGUUUCUUAGAGUCCCAGUGGAAGGGAUCUACUUCUUGUACAGUCAAAUCCUUCUCAACAUCACUUCACAUGAUGGCCCAUCAACCAAACUAGGUCACAUGACAGUCAGAUGUGAAUGUAAAGAUGAGUCUAACGACUGCUACUGCUAUAGCAUGGAGAAGAACCUAGCAUACACUAAUCCUGGUAAUGAUAUGGACGGGGACUUUAUGCGCAGCUACACCACAUGGAACAAAGGCUCGGCAGGUGGAAGCAAGUAUCAAGGUGGUCUAUUCCAUUUGACAGCAGGCGAUUAUAUUGCUGUUGUACCAGUGACACAAGAUAAUCCUGACAAUGAUCCAAACCUGAGUAUCAUUGCAAGGGAUGUUGACUCUUUCUUUGGUGCAUACUAUGUGACUGGACUGAAAGCACCAGUUGCAACACCCACACCCUCACCAUCUUUAUAAUUGCAUUCCUUUUCUUAAGUUGUGUUUAUUUAGUUUACUAUAGUUUGUCUCUCUCUCUGUAUUGUGUGUUUGUUAAUGAUUCAUUCAUUGUUAUUUUUAGAAAAAAAUAUUUAAAAAAUUGA